UCUAUGCAACAAGUUAUUAACUAUUUCUCGACUUUUAUGUUUUUGACGACUCUUUUAAACUUAAGUAAAGUUUGCCAAGAGCAGGGUAAUCAAUAUGUGGCAUGAGGCACCAGAGCUGGUGCUAAAACAUAUCUUCUGUUACCUUGAGGCUUCUGAUCUUCAUGCUGUUUCCUUGACAUGCCGGUUAUGGCAUCAAGUGGCAAAGGAAGAUGCUGUCUGGAAACAACUUGUUCAGAGAUUAUGGAAAAUUAAGGGACUAAGUUUGCCAUCAGGAAGAAAUUCAUGGAGGAAUGAGUUUCGACGUCUAACAUAUGAAACACCCACAUCCCUCAGUGAAACAUUGCAUGAACACACAGAUGAAGUUCUAGAUGUCAGCUUCUCACACAAUGGGAAACUGUUCUGCACUACUUCCAAGGAUGCAACUGUGAAGGUUUGGGAACUUGGAUACCCUACAAAAAUAAAGCACAAUGCAAAGAUGUUGAUUUUACUGGGCUGGAAUCUGACACAGUUUUCCAUAUUUAAUAAGAGUGACAGCUUCUUGUGUGUAUGUGGUGUUCAGUUUGGGGGAACUGUUGGGAACUAUUUUCCCAGCUCUUCUGGUAGAGCAGCAGUAUUCAGAACCAGUGAUUUUAAGAUAAUGCAGACUAUGAUGAUGGAGCCUCCUCAACUGUUUGCUGAUUGGUAUGAUGACACUACAGUAUUAGGUGGUUAUGUUGAAGAGAAUCAAACAAUCCUUCACAUUAAAGCUUUCAAGGUGAAAGAAGAGGGAACAGGAAAUAUUCAAGAACCAGUUUCUGGACAGAUUGUGUACAGUUUUGAUACUGAUCAUCAUCACACUAUGAACCUCCUUGUGGCAGAUCUUCCUUGUGAACAUCAGUCACAUGAUCAGUCGUGUUACCAUAUUUUUACAGCUCAUCAGAAAAUGAAAGGAACCCAGCAUGUUAAAAAUGGAAAAAUUAAAGAAACCGAUUCAGUAAUGAAUAAAGCAUGCUCUUGUGAAAAACAAAAAAUGAUGAUAUUUGUAUGUGGGCAACAUUCUGGUUUAUCAAUUCAUGAUGUGACAAAUUUACACAAAAAGAUUAGUAAUAGAAAUACCAGGCAGAGUGCUAACUCUAGGCUACCGAAUAACAGUGCUAAAUCAGCCAUUAACAAUAAAGUAAGACAGGCAUCAGGAGCAUCAGGAAGGUCAAGACAAGGUCAAAGAAAUCAAAGUGAGGCUAAUUCCACAGGGGGUCCUGGUACCUCAAGAGAGCUUCCUGGAGCUUCAGUUGUUGAUAAACCCACUCACUCUCCAUCAUUUGACAAGUAUUACAUAUCUGGGAUGAAACUCUCUCAAGAUCACAGGGAACUGUACUUCAACCACAGAGUGUGCCAUUAUGAUGCAUUUGAUGAUGAGGGUUACCCAAAGAUAGAUUCAGAAAUAGUUAUAGAUAAAUAUGACCUUGUCAACAAAACUCACACCAAAGAUCUUCUCCAGGGUCACAAAGCUUUCUCUAAGUAUCCUGCCUGGUACAUCUGUCUAGACAUUAAUCAGGACUACAUUGUCAGUGGUAGUGAGGAUGGACGUGCUUACCUGUGGGACAGACACUACCUCUGUUUUCUAGGUCAUCUACCCCACAGCAUUAACCCAGACAUCGUGAUCAAUGGCACUACUUUCUGUCCCACUGACAGUGAGUGUGUGGUCACUGGAGCAGAUGAUGGAAUCAUUCAUGUGUGGAGGUCACCAAGAAGACAUGCAGAACUAGAAAAACAGCAAGGACUGGUGGCUAUGGAUAUGUGAAUUACAUUGAACUUUACAUGAAAAAUGCAAAAAUUAAUUGAUGUUUGUAUGGAUCGAGGAGUCCUCAAACUUUUUUUUAGGAAGUUUUUAAACUGCACACUAAAUUGUAUUUGCUGACUAGGUCAUUGUAUCAACCAUAGAACUUACGAAAUGUGGACUUCAAACAAGACUGCUGAUAUCCUUGUUAAAUGUGUUGAAAAACGAUCAGGAUUUGUAAAUUUCCUGAAAGACAUCGCUGCAUUCAGCCCGUAAAAAAUUGAAGUCUGUCAGGGUCCCACAGCCACAAGUGUGGACUCGGAAACCGACGUUGUAAGGCCAAAGUUUUUUUUCCUUUGGUUUACGAUUCCGCCGACCAUAAUUUUUACCAAUCAAUGUCUUUCCG